UUUUAUCCAUCUUUGUGAAAACAUUUGUCUUCAAGUCCACUACAAUGUGAAGACGACGUUGUGUUACAUCUGAGAAGUUUUAUGCAUGGAAAUAUUCAGUUGAUACGAGAUAUGACUUUUAGUGUUCGUGGACAAGUUAAAUGCACUGUGUUGAGUGAGGUACCAGAGCUAAUACAGAGUUUACCGGUAGUGCACCCAAGGCAGGUUAAGAUGGUACGGUUGAUGACAGUCCUGAAUAAUUCUUAGUCAAGCCGACAUGAAAUAAAUUGACGUUAAAUCAGUUGGCUUAAUUCCUCCUGCUGUUGUACAAUAAGGUAUGGUGAUUGUAUCUUAGACUUCAAACAUAUAUUUACCUUAAUAAAUAUAUAAUGCUUAUUUUGCAUAAAUUAGUGACGAUGAAGAUGAAGACGAGCAUAUUAAUCCUUCUUUUAGUAUUACCCUUUAAUAUAUUAGUUGACGCAUCCAAGAAAAUAUUUUGUUAUUAUAGUAGUUUUGCUCAAACGAGGGCGGGAAUUGGGAAAUUUUUACCAGAAGAUAUCGACCCGUUUUUAUGUACCCAUAUAAUCUACGCCUUUGUAGAUAUAUCACCCAAUGGUCGAGAUUUGUUAAAAUUUAACUGGAAUGAUGACGGUCCAAAUGGUUUAUAUGAUAGAACUAUAUCAUUAAAAAGCAAAAACCCACAGUUAAAAGUUUUAUUGGCUGUCGGUGGAUGGCAGAUAGGAUCCAAACCAUUCAUACCUAUGAUAACCAAUGAAUCUAAUCGUAAACAUUGGGUGAAGAAUGUUGUUAGAUAUCUACGAAAAUACAGCUUUGAUGGUUUUGAUAUGGACUGGGAGUUUCCGGCAACAAGGGGAAGUUCCCCACAAGAUAAAUAUAGAUUUACAACCUUAAUGAAAGAAUUAUACGAAGCAUUUAGAAUCGAAGCGGAAGAGACUGGUAAUGAGAAACUGAUUUUAACACUAGCAACAGCAUCAGGAACAUAUUACAUAAGUCAAUCAUAUGAACCAGAGGAAAUCAUCAAGUACCUCGACUUUAUGUUACUGAUGACGUAUAAUUACCACGGUCAGUGGGAGAAACAAACUGGUCACCACGCAGGUCUCUGGAAACACAGAGAUGAUCCACCAGGAGAAAAAAGCGAAUUACAUCAGGAAUGGUCUAUAGACUAUUGGUUAGAUAAGGGUAUUCCUGAACAUAAACUGAUCGUCGGUAUACCCACAUACGGUAUGAGUUUCACCCUUGCUGAUCCUAAUGAACAUGGCGUCUUCGCUCCAGCUAAUGGUGGGGGCCGAAUGGGCAAAUACACAAGUGAAGGGGGAAUUUUAUCGUAUUAUGAGGUCUGUGAGAAUAUUAAUCGUCAUGGUUGGAAGACGGAAUGGAUUGAUGACCAAGGUGUACCAUAUGCUUAUGGAGGCGAUCAGUGGGUCGGAUAUGAAAAUUUAGAGAGUAUCAAAUUAAAGGCUGAAAAUAUCAUCCGAAGAGAUGUAGCUGGAGCAUUUGUAUGGUCUGUAGAAAUGGACGACUUCAGUGGAAGUUGCGGACGUGGCAAAUACCCACUCCUUAAUACAGUCGUCAAAAUACUUCAACCUUAUGGUGGUCGCGCUCAAACAGCCCAUGCUACUACUACCCCAAGAUAUAUUCCUAGCUUCGCUCCAGCUCCCAUAGAUAAACCAACCAGAGAUUAUGUGAGCAAUACGCGAGAACCAAAAAGAAGUCGGCGUCCAUUAUUUACUCGAGGUCCAAACUGGAGAACCAAGUGGCACAAACGGCCAAAGAAUAACUGGGAUGAUGAAGAGGGUGUAAACACCUUAGAAAAAAGGACCACCGCCAGACACUGGAAUGCCAGACCAACUGGUAGACCAAGCAGUGGAGAUGUCAUUCAAAUUCACACAACCCAGAGGCCGAGUUAUAUUGAUCAAACUAUAAGACCGGCAUGGAAAAAAUCUCCAUGGAAGAAACCGGGAACCAAAUCCCCAUCAGCAGCUGGAAGUAGUGAUUGUUCCCGAUUAGGUGUGGGUAUGUUCACUGAUCCCGCUUCCUGUGAAAGAUUUAUAAUGUGCCUCCCAGGAGCUUGGUUAGAAUAUGGACCAAUCCGAAUGGCGUGUCCAGCUGGUACUAGAUUUGAUGAAAAUCUCAAGAUCUGUAAUCACGCCAGUAGUGUGGAAUGCUGGGUUUAAACCUUUUUGCUAAAUUUUCCAUCAUCGAUGACGACCUUGACAAAGUUUAAUGGACUCGAAUUACUUUUAUAUUUAUAUAAUUAGACAAACGUACCUCUUCUGAUGACGACUAAGGCUAUGAUUUUAUGGACUACGAUUUAUUUUUGAUUUGAAGUUGUAUACCAUUCAUUAUGAAUGGAAGUAUUACUUUUAAUCAAUUUCGCCUUGACGACCUGUUUCCGUCCCCGGACUUCGAGGUUAGCCUCAGAUUUGGAUACACGUAGUCCUAUUUCCUAGUCUCGCGUUUGGUUCAUGGAAACUGUAUUUUACGGAGGAAGACAAGAGAGUAAAGGAGGAGUUUUGUCACGUAUAUAAACAUUCUAAUUUCAAAAUACUUACAAUGGGGUGUUAGUUGUCAUUCGAUAAAGAGAACAAAUAUAAUCGAACUUAACUAGUGAUCAAAAGACCAAUCGAUAAAGAGAACAAACAUAAUCGAACUUAACUAGUGAUCAAAAGACCAAUAGGCGUAUUCGGCAAAAUCGACUAACGAUAGCAAGUGGACAUGAGAAAAUUCCUAUAAUGGAUCGUGAUACCAAUAGCAGAUGAUGGCAAUAAAACGUUUGCAAUGCAACCUUUUGUCUAGUUGAUAAUAAUCAUUUUUUCAUCAACUCCGAACUGGUACACAUUCAAAUGGUUCCACUGUGUAAUGAUUACAACGUCAUUCCAUUUAAUGGAAUAUAAGCAAACAGUAUUAUCAAAAACAUUCAAAAUGUCAAAUUAUUGAUGAGUUGGACCUGAUAGGCGUACCCAUGUCCCUGUUUGUUUCAAGUGUUACUGUAGAAAAUUACAACAUUUGGUGUAGUAAACGCGCCUGUGUGUUUCAGAUGCCAAUGUUAUUUGUUUAUUAAUCUACACAUUUGUUUAUGUUUUGUUCAUUUGUUCGUUUUAUUUUGAAUAAUGUGUCGCGAGUAAGGCCGGAGAACAAGUGUUACAUAUGUGCAUUCUUCAUAUGGGUUACUUAAAGACUAUAUUCCAUGUUCGAAAUGGUGAAACACAGACUAAAUCAAAUAUUUCAAGUAUUUGAAAGUGUGAGUUCUCGGAAAACACGAUCAAAAUAAAGUGGUCAGCAUUGCUUGUGAUAGAAAUUUCACUAAUCGUGAAGGAGGGCUAACUAUACGAAGUCUAUAUGUUUCUGGUGGGAGGCCAGGCUAUGAACAAACGAAGUCUUUAUUAUAAUGACAUUUAAAUGACAGCAGUUCAACCCAUGACCAUAUUCAUUUAGUAUGUAAUGUAGUAUAGCUGCAUAUAUUUUUAAAAUAACUUACUACUUGUAUUUAAAUAUAUAUCUAUUGUUGCAAUUAUUUAUUAUAUAUAUAUAUUUGGUAUAUAAAGUAUUACAAUUUAUCAAAAUCUAAUACCCAUUUCGUUAAACUAUAUAACUAUAGGAUGUAAAACUGGCCACUGUCCCGCCAAACUAUACUACCAGCCCAGUAUAGUAUUAUAAUCAGAUUGUAAAUUUACACGCGCGCAUGACUUCUUUGAUUACAACACAUGCGCAAUCAAAAAGGACUAUAGUGACUAGCAACCACCCAGAUCCUGUCACUUAUUUCAAGGAGUGUUUAAUUGCUAUGCAUACAUCUGUGAAUCCGGUGAUGGAGAUUCUUCCGAUUCAUAAUCACGACUAUUCACAAGUCAGCAACAGAGCUAAUCAUUCUGUGAAGUCAAAUCCAGAUUCGUUAAAAUUGUUGGUCUGUGACUCGACUUUGGGUAGGGAAUCUAGAUUUGGAUUCCUGGAAAUGUAAUAUGCUCUCAGCUGCCUGAAAGAAUCCACUCAUCUAUUUUAUUUUAUUUUCAUAUUGAGCGAUGCAUUCUGCUAUUUGUGUUGUACGUGUUUUUGUUUGGAAUAUUUGAUUCAGAUCUUACUUGAGGUAGAUAAUAUUUAACCACACACACCAAAAAAAAUAGAAACUUUUAUUUUUCUUCGUGUUUAUUAAUACAAAAAAUGUUGUGUUGGUGUUAUAUCUGCUUCAAGUGAAUUCAUAGGAUAACAUUCCCGAGACAGGAGUUAACAGGAUAUCAGCUAAUUCUUGUUGGGAUAGUUUUCCAAUGAAACCCUAUUUUCUGAGUUUUUUGUAAACUUUACAAGAAGCAACAGAAGGGGUGUUUAUAAGGUUUAGGACUGUCUGUAUCCCGAUCUGAUAAAAUAUUUAUUUAUACUUUUAUUUAAUAAAACAUCCUAUGGUAUAUUUCAUGUAUAAAAGUUAUAGAGUGUGUAUCUAAGCAAGACUUGUCUGAUUUUUGUUCGAAUUCAAAUCUAAAUAUUUUAGCUGGACAAUAAAAUUAUUUUUUAGUUUUCUUUAUAUGCGAUUAAUAGGAAACGUAUUCUACUGAAAUGACCCAUUGAGAGUGCGUCCUGAAUUAGGAGAAAAGUCGCACUGUGUGUGUUCUCGGUACGAGACGUUGAAAUGUAAAAUUUUAAAUAUAUACACAUAUACAGAUAUAUCUUUUAACCACUUAAUGUCAAUCCAAGAGCGAAGUAUAAAAGAAAUAAAAGAAAUUUGAAAUUUAGCGCUAAAUAAAAUUACAAAAUACACCAUUGUCUUAGUCGAACUGCGACAUGAUAAACGUUGACAUAAAUCUUUUGAUCAAUAUAUGUUCAAAUUCUUAGAAGCCCAGAUAAUCUACAAAUAUAAUAGUUAAGAAAAAACACGUGUAGUUAUUUUAUUAUUAAGGCAGUUGCCGACGCGGACUGCAUAGACGAUAGACUAAGUAUGCCAAACCUUAUGAUCUAUUUGAAGAAGGUUGGACUGAUAUAUUUUUUUAUGUUUUAUUUGAAGAGAUGUUGCUUUUGUGAUUUGAUACUGCUUUUGACUUUAUAUUUGACUUCUAUUCUAGUAAUUUGUGAAUUUUGAUUUCAAAAAUAAAAAGACAGAGAAUAUUUUGUGAGAAUGAUUUUCUCUAGUGUUUCUGAUAGGCUACUAAUUAUAUUGUUUGUCAGAUUGCUGUAUUUUGUUGAAAUGUUGUAUACCAAGGAACCAUGGUAACUAAAUAAAUAUUUGUGUGAUGUAUAUUGUACACCGUACGGUAUACUUGUAAAUAAAUUUGCUGCAUUAA